AUGAAUUCUACCCAUACCGACCAGCCCAUCUACCAAGCUCUUGACGCAACCAUCCCACAGAUUCGAGUGUUGACACUGCAUCAAGGCUCUGAGGACCAGGAAUUGCGAUGCACCCUGAGGACAGUUUCACUGGAUGACCAACCUGAAUUCCAUGCUCUCUCAUAUGUCUGGGGCUCAGGCACCGAGAAGGACAGUGUCAACAUUCACGGCCAUGUGGUUCCAGUCACGUCGAAUCUGGCCACGGCAUUGAGACAGUUCCACGCUCACCAUGACGACUUUCUACAGCUCCAUUCGUUGCCGCUCUGGAUCGAUGCGAUAUGUAUUAACCAAUCAGACGUCGAGGAGCGAACCCAGCAGGUUCUUCUCAUGGGGAGAAUCUUCCGCCAGGCUUCCCGUGCUCUUCUCUGGAUAGGCGAAGGGGACCAGCAUUCUGAUCAUGCCUGUGACCGGAUAAAUGACGCGACAUUCCGAGCUUCUUGCGGGGAGCUGAAGACCAAUUCGAGGGCACCUACUCUAGACGAACUCAGAGUCAAGGUGAUCCUCGAAAGGAAUCUUGAAAAAAGGCGCUAUUGGACAAGAACAUGGACUUUGCAAGAAGUCGUGCUCGCGACUCAAGGCCCCGUCAUGCUCUGUGGCUCCAGGCGGAUCUUCUGGUCGUGGUACACGCAGUGCAAGAGGGGCCUGCCUGAUUAA